AUGUCGCGGGUUGCACAUGCCCCCAACGAUAGCCUCUACGUGCUGUGUGGGGUGGUGAUCGCCAUGCUCCUGGUGGCACUCAUCAUUGUUCUCCUGGCCGUUACCAUUAGUCGCACCGCGCCGCUGACACCGCCGCGCCGCUUUUCGCCGCGUCGGUCCUUUUUCGUCGCCAAAAUUUCCACCCUCGCGGACAAGCUGCUUUCCUUCCUGCACAAACACCAGCGCCGAAAGAUGGUGGGCGCGACCGCAACGUUACUAGCGGUGCGCUUGGUUCGCAGCAAACUACGGAAGAGAGACGAGACGGCGGCCGCCCAGGAAGUGGUGCUGCACACGACGGGACCUGCGCCUGCGCCGGCGCCCGCGCAGCCCGUCACCAUCGCCACCAUCUUCGGCAGCGACGUCGCGCCGUUGACGGUGCCCAGCGCCACCAGCAGCCUGCCCGGCGCCGUCGCGGCGGCGCCGGCAGGCCUCGUCGUCAACCCCAUCACCGGCGCGCCGGUGCCUGCGCCGCCGCCUCUUCCGACCUCCAACGGGGCGGCGCCUGCCGCCCCCGCGCCACCGCCCCUGCUGUGGCAGUACCCCGCGCCCUACUCGCUGUACGGCACGGAACAGGAUGCAGCCGUCCACGGGGUACUUCCGGCGGAGCGGUCGGGCUUCUGCAGAGGCUUCCGGCGUUCGCUGCGUGGCCGCUGGCGCCGCCUUGUGAGGCGUAAGCCCGAGCGCGACCCGUACACGCUGCCCGCCGAGGUGCGGGACCAGCUCAAGCAGAUCUACGUGUACUGAGCGCCGUCGCUCGGGCGGGCGGGCGAGCGAGCGGGCUGGCUGGCUGGCGAGCCGGCUGGCGCGGACGCGGACCUUGGGGUGUGCCUUAUCGCCGGGCGUGCGUCAAACGCCGUCCGUUGCCGCUGCCGCCGCCAGCCGGUGCGCGCCACC